AUGAAUCCAGAUUUCUUGAUAGGCAAAUGCUAUUGGACAAAUUGUGAGUAUUGGGGAUGUGGAGAUCUUGAAUGUUGGAAAAAGACAGACAAAGAGGCUUUCUAUGGAGAUCCACAUGUUCGACUUAAUUGUGUUCUUUGGGGUCAAUUCGCUGAAAAUCUUGAAAGUGUGGCUCAACAUGCAAAUGAUGCUGUGAUUGUUGCUGUUUUGCGGUUUGGAAAGUUAAAACUUUAUCAAGGUGUUUGGAGUGUUGGCAAUUGCUACAACUGUUCAAUGGUCAUUAUUGAUCCAGUCUUCCCAGAGAGUUUGGCUUUUAAAGAGAGAUUGCCAAAAGAUAGUUUUACCCUGACCUAUACCUAUCCAAAUCAGUUGACUAUUGUCAAUUCUGUAUCAGUAAGGGACGAUUUCUUCUUGCAUAGUCCUCGAAAGACUAUUAGCGAGAUUAUUGCUGCUUCUGAGGUUGUCAAAUGUGUUACAAUGGCCACAAUUAUGUCGAUUGACACUGAGUUUGGUUGGUAUUACAUGUCGUGUGGAGCCUGUUCUAAAAAGGUUCUCCCUCAUGAUAUGGAUUACUUAAAAGAACUGUAUCCUGGGAAAACAUUUAAGAAACAAUUGUGGCAGUGCAAAAAAUGCAAUGAGGAUGUUGAGAAUGUUUAUCCAUCGUUUAUGUUGACUUUCCGUGUCAUGGAUAAUACUGGAGAAACUAAAUUCCUCUUAUUUGACCAAGAGGCAAAAGAAGUUGUAAACCAAACUGCUGCUCAGUUAACUCAGUCUGUUAAUGAGAUUCAGGAUCCUGAUGUCUUGCCCUUAGCUUUGAGCAAUAUUUGUGGUAAAAAAUUUCUAUUCAAGAUUGCAAUUGCAAGCUCAAAUGUUGUUUUCAAUAGUGACACAUACAAGGUCAUUAGUAUAAUUACACAAAGUGAUGUGGUUAAGGAGUUUUCUGAAAUCUCUACUCCUCAGAGCACUCCAAGUAUCAAGAUAGAGGAAAAAGCUCACAAUGCUCUUGAUGAAAAGGUUCCUUUAAUGAUUAUGGAUGAUGAUGAUGCUGAAAUUACACCUACUUCUAAACGCAAAAGCAAUGAAAAGUUGGAAGUGAUUAAGGAUACUGAUGAGUAUUCAGCUGCAAAGAAGAAGUUUAAGGAUGAGAAAACUGUUCAGACUAAUCAAAGUACUCUACAGCUUAAGACCGUGAAAACAGAGAAGCCAUGA